GGAGUGUUCCAGAAGUGCUGCGGCCAUACUAUGAAUCAUAAAAAAUGGAAGCUCGAGAGAAUGACAAUUUCAUUAAGUAUGCUAAUAUUAGUUCAUAAUGUUGGAUUCUAUCUCAAACUAUGAUGUUUUCCUUCUUUCAGACUGGAUCUGGUAAGACAUAUACGAUGGGAACGAAUUAUACUGAAGACAUAUAGAACAAGGCAUUAAAAUCUGCUGAUUAUUAUUGAGUGCAAAAUUCAAAUUCUUUGAAAAUGGGUGUGAAUUGUAAUUAUUUUCUUUUGUCAGGAUUUUUUUGUCGAGACAGAACAACAUCGUCGAAGUUGACAGUUAUUUGGUUUUCAAAGUAAGGAUAUAAAUCUUGGAAAAAUGGUGGAAGAGGUGAGGAUUUUAUCUUGGAAAUGGUUACAUAUCAAAUCUGGAUCGAUAGCAAAUAAUAUUAUGCAAUGGUUCACGCAUCCUAGAGCAUGUUUGAGUUUCACUAAGGAUUGAUCUGCUGUAUUUGUUGAGGGGAGGUUGUCUUAGUCUUGUCAUAGCGGAAGCGCCGCUCUUUGUAGUUUCAGUCAGGUGCAGCAGGGAGCCUUCAGUUUGGUGCAGCAAGAUGGCACAACUUUCAUAGGAUUGCACAAAUCAAGAUCCAAAAGGACGUCCAAGAACGAGAGUUGUUAUGGUUUCACUUAUGAAACUAAAUUCUACUAUUCAUGAUGGAAGAACAUGGUGAUGUGUUGUGUAAGAGAGGUGAGUUGAAAGUUGCGACGAGUGAACGCGGACGACCCGACUCGGUGCUUGCAGAUUUCGCUGAAUCAGUAUCAGUUGAGUGAGCAAGGGAUCAAACUCGGUUAAAAGGUUAAUGGACCCAAAUAUCUAUUGCUUCAUUCACUUGUGUCAGGAAUUGGUGCACCAGUUCCAGGCCAACAAUUUAUUGUUUCUCCUCAGUUCAUACAAGAUUUGUAGGAAAAUUUUCAGACUAAGGCUUGAAGUUGGGGACCAUGAAGCGGAUAUUGAGCAACGCAGGGUUGAAGUAGCUAUACGUGACAAUGCCCAGAGAUUGUAUGCAUCCAAGCUGAAAUUCAUUGGCAGAGAAACAGGAGGACUGGGAAAAUGGUACUGCUUCUGGUGUUAAAGUUGAAAAUGAUUAUGGACCAGUAUCAAAGGGUUGGGAAAUUCCCCCUUCAACAUGAAGAAUCCUAUGUAAGAGACUACUAAGUUUGAUGACUGAGAUUAGUAUUUAGAAUAAAUUUUAGGGAAUCCGGUUUUAGAAUAAAUUUUAAGGAACCCGGCUUUGAUUAGCAGUAGAAAAUGAGGUGAUAUUUCCUAUCACAGUUUUAUAUUCAUAUGUAUUUUAGA